AUGUCCAGUCCUCGAAAAUUGAACAGAACAAGAAGUUCUAGUGUUACCAAUGCACUCAAACAGAUCCCUUUGAACCAACAACAAGAGCAAAACUAUAAUACAAUACAAGAAUCAGAAGUCAAACCAUUAAGUGGUAAAUCGCGACCUUUAAACAGAAAGAAACCAAGACAUGAGAAUGAUUUACCUGAUAAUUAUAUCUCGAGAGGUUUUAAGAAUGAUUUGAAAACUGGUAGAUGGAUGUUGAUACCUUCAUCAUCACUUAUCAUCUUUUCGAUCCCAAUCAUACUGUAUUUCAAUCAUAAUCUCCUUGUUCAAUAUGGUUUAUUAAAGCCGAACACUACAAAUCCAUUCAAGUAUUUGUUAUUCCCACAAGGUAAAGUGCCAGGAGGUGGUUAUACCAAAAGUUGGUAUGAUUUCGUCUUUGUAGCCAAUUAUGUCGUCUUCUGGUCUUUCGUUCGACAAUUCGUCACCAUACAUAUUCUUAGACCAAUGGCUAUAGCUUUGGGUAUCAAGGGAGGCAAGAUCAUGAGAUUCCUGGAACAGGGUUAUGCGGUCUUCUAUUUCUCCAUUCUCGGUACACUCGGUAUCAUUGUAAUGCGAGGCCUUCCCACUUGGUGGUAUAAAACCGAAUAUUUCUGGCUUGGAUACCCCCACAAACAAAUGACUUGGGAAUUGAAGACUUAUUAUCUCAUUCAAGCUGCUUAUUGGGUACAACAAACCAUCUUACUCGCUGCGAAAAUCGAAAAGCCAAGAAAGGAUUUCAAAGAACUUGUCGCACAUCACAUUGUCACUCUUUGGUUGAUUGGAUGGAGUUACAAUGUCUAUCUCACUUUCAUUGGUGUAUCCGUCUUCGUUACUAUGGACGUAUCGGAUGUCUUCCUUGCUCUUGCCAAAUGUGUCAAUUACGUGUCUGAAUGGGCUUCACCUCCUUUCUUCGCUUUCUUCGUUGGAGUCUGGACCUACUUCCGCCAUUACCUGAAUAUUUGGAUACUCUGGUCUGUCUGGGCUGAAUGGGACUUGAUGCCCGAGGAUCAAAGAUCAAGAUUCGCGCCAUUGGAAGAUCAAUGGCUCGUUUGGUGGAUGAGAUGGCAAGUUUUCGUACCGAUCUUUUUCCUUCAAUUGAUCAAUCUGUUCUGGUAUUUCCUUAUCUGGAGAAUCCUUAUCAAGGCUGUCGUUGGUCAAGACUUGAAAGACGAUAGAUCAGAUGAUGAAGAUGAUGGUGAGGGUGAACAAACCACCACUGAAAAGCUCAAGGAUCAGUAA